AUGAACGACGAACUCAUCGAAGGGACUCAAUUCACUCAGGAGGACCAUCAAGCUGCCUACAUCUUCCGUCCGCAGGGGGAUGAAACCAGAACUGACCGGCCUGCAAAACGACGACGUGUAUCCAUAAAUGCUAUCAAUGAAGAGGCGAACGACACAGCCUUGACGAAAUUCUCUUCAUUGCUAAACGGAGGGGAGCUCGUCGAAUGCGUGCAGCUACGUGAGAAACUUUUCAAGGCUAGCUGGGCUAGGAUAGAGUCCAAAGUACAGAAAAUAUUGCGAGAUGCAAACUCGGCCACAUUAGACCAAGUGACUGCUUUUGUCCAAGAUAAAGCCGGUUCACAACACAAGAUCCCUGCAGCCUUUGUUAUCACUGGGCCAAAUAUUGCAUCCCAGGACUUGCUGUUCGAGCAGUUGUCAGAGACACUCCAAGAGAGCACUCGAAGCAAGUUUGUUAGACUUAAGUCGUCCGAGGCGCCCAAUCUCAAGGCGGCUCUCAAAAAGAUUAUUGAGGAUGCCACGUCUCGAGGGUCGCUUGACGAUGAGGACACGGAGGUAGCAUUUGGCCAAGACGGUCGAAAAUAUCUCAACUACGACCUGGCGGGAUUGUACGCUUUCUCAAAGACGCAGCGAUGCGACCACAUCUUUGUCGCGUUUCAGGAUAGUGAAGGCUUUGACAGCACGCUUCUGUCAGAUUUGAUUACUCUCUUUAACUCGUGGCGGCCUAGGAUCCCGUUUACGCUUCUAUUCGGUAUUGCGACGUCGGUAGAGCUCUUACAGGCUCGACUGCUCAAGUCCGCUUGCCAGCAUAUCUAUGGCGCUCAAUUUGACGUUGUACAGACUGGAACCAUACUCGAACAAAUCUUCAAACCUGCCAUUGCGGCCACGGAUACAGCCUUGAAUAUUGGUCCAACCUUAUUGCAGAAUCUCGUCGACAGGCAGCAUGACCAGGUUGCCAGCAUUCAGACCUUUGUCGCAUCCAUCAAGUACGCAUAUAUGUGCCAUUUUUAUGCCAACCCCCUUAGUGUCUUCUCUUCAGAGGAUGAUGAGAUGAACAGCGAACUCGUCCAGGAUAGUCACUUGGAGGCCUUUCGUUCUCUCCCUUCUUUCCAGCGCAAGGUCGAAAACGCCGUUGAAGCAAGGGAUCUGAAACUAGCAAGGUCGUUAUUAGAGAACGAUGACCUCCUGCGGGAAAUGAUUUUUGACAUUCCUGAGAAGAAACGGGCAUGGGCCACUAGCCUGCUUCGCUCGCUUAAGCUGAUCGAGGCCAUGGGGGUGGUCCAGGAGGACUUUUCUCAGAUGUACAUGAAAGCGGUGGCCGAAGGGAUCACCCUUUCGUCCGAGGGCUGGGACAUUGUUGAAAGCAUCAAGCGGAUGCAAGCGGAUGACUUUGUCUCAAUGUUACAACGUGUCCAAACAGCCGUAGCCUGCGGCGAUCACCAACUUUGCCUCACCGCAUGGGAAUCUGAGGCUGGGGACCUACCGACUCUUGUAAAUGCUUUUCUAGCUGAGUCAAAGGAGCUGGUCAAUAGGGCCCAGGAAGACGGAAACACCUUGCGGAGCGCGUAUAGCGGCCACAGCAGAGUGCUCCGCACAACCGUUGUUGCGCAAAAAGUGCAGCUAAGCCACGACUCGGCCGCUCUUUCCGACAACGACAAAGCCUUCACUAAAAUCAUCGACCAGGUUGCGGAGUUGUUCAAAGACGUCAUAAGGUGCGAGCCGGCCAUCGACAUUUUCCUGCACGAGACAUGGCUCUACGAUUCCAAGACACCCCACCGAGACGUUUUCGUCCCUCGGCCCCAGGAUGUAUUUGAGCGCAGCCUGAGACGACCACAGGACUACCUCGCCUGCUCGUGCUGCACUACUGGUGAGGGCCUUUCGACGACACUGCCUGCAACAUCGCUUCUAUAUCACCUCUACUUGGAAACCGGGAAUCUCAUCAAUGUCGCUGAUCUAUGGUCCGCUUUCUACGCCAUGGUGGGCAGCAGUGUCGGCGACGACGCUGCGGAAAGCGAUGGGAACGCCGAUGAGCGGGCGGCGUUGGUGCUCUUUUAUCGGGGCCUAGCCGAGCUAAAGGCCCUUGGCUUUGUCAAGAUGAGUAGAAAGAAGACGGACCACAUUGCCAAGCUCAAGUGGCUCUAA